GCCGUGCCGCGGGCUGGUGGGCUCGGCUGCUGCGCCGCUGCCGGGACAUGACCCUGCCCGGGGGCCCGGCGGGCAUGGCGCGGCCGGGGGGCGCGGGCUCCUGCAGCCCCGGGCUGGAAAGGGUCCCGCGCCGGAGCGUCGGGGAGCUGCGCCUGCUCUUCGAGGCGCGCUGUGCCGCGGUCGCCGCCGCCGCUGCUGCAGGGGAUCCCCGGGCCCGCGGGGCCAAGCGGCGUGGGGGACAGGUGCCCAACGGGCUCCCGCGGGCUUCCCCUGCCCCGGUGAUCCCGCAGCUGACCGUGACAGCUGAGGAGCCGGACGUACCCCAGGCCAGCCCCGGGCCCCCAGAGCCGGAGGGCGACUGUCUCCCGGCAGGGGACUCGCACCUGCAGCAGCCACGCCGCCUGUCCACUUCGUCACUCUCCUCCACCGGCUCCUCGUCGCUUCUCGAGGACUCGGAGGACGAUCUGUUGAGCGACAGUGAAAGCCGGAGCCGCGGCAACGUGCAGCUGGAAACGAGCGAGGACGUGGUUCAGAAAAGCCACUGGCAGAAGAUCCGGACCAUGGUGAACUUGCCGGUCAUGAGCCCUUUCAAGAGGCGCUACGCCUGGGUGCAGCUGGCGGGACACACGGGGAGCUUCAAGGCGGCGGGCACCAGCGGCCUGAUCCUGAAGCGCAGCUCGGAGCCCGAGCGCUCGUGCCUGGCGCGGCUGAUGGCCGACGCGCUGCGCGGCUGCGUGCCCACCUUCCACGGCGUGGUGGAGCGCGAUGGCGAGAGCUACCUGCAGCUGCAGGACCUGCUGGCGGGCUUCGACGGGCCCUGCGUGCUGGACUGCAAGAUGGGCGUCAGGACAUACUUGGAGGAGGAGCUGACCAAGGCGCGUGAGCGGCCCAAGCUGCGGAAGGACAUGUACAAGAAGAUGCUGGCGGUGGAUCCCGGGGCGCCCACCGAGGAGGAGCACGCGCAGCGCGCCGUCACCAAGCCGCGCUACAUGCAGUGGCGGGAAGGCAUCAGUUCCAGCACCACGCUGGGCUUCCGCAUCGAGGGCAUCAAGAAAGCAGACGGCUCCUGCAGUACCGACUUCAAGACCACGCGAAGCCGGGAGCAGGUGAUUCGCGUCUUUGAGGAGUUUGUGCAAGGAGAUGCGGAAGUGCUGAGGAGGUAUCUGAACCGCCUGCAGCAGAUCCGGGACACCCUGGAGGUCUCAGAGUUUUUCAGGAGGCAUGAGGUGAUUGGCAGUUCACUCCUCUUUGUGCACGACCACUGCCAUCGCGCCGGCGUGUGGCUCAUCGACUUUGGCAAGACCACGCCCCUCCCUGACGGCCAGAUCCUGGACCACCGGCUGCCCUGGGAGGAGGGCAACCGCGAAGACGGCUACUUGCUGGGGCUGGACAAUCUCAUUAGCAUCCUGGCCAGCCUGGCUGAGAGAUGAGGCUGGGUCCUUGUCCUCCCGCCUGGGCCAGCCACUGAGACACACUCGGAACUGUGGCAGAGUCCCCAACCAUGCAUGCCGGACAGAGACUGGAACCCCGCUGUGCGGGGCCCGGUGCACCGCUAAGGGGCGCUUUGCCAACACCAGGGGGUUGGCUCCUUGAAAGAAGCCCUGCUUGUCCAGGGUGGAAUGACACUAUGACACUAAUUUAUGGGAAGGGAGGGACAAAGGGCUUCUCCCUCAGCCCAAUCCUUCUGAGCAGGCUCUGCCCCUGUCUGGUGCAGCCUGUAUAAUGCAUUUUUCUCCCUAACCCUAGACCUGUGGGUGGAACCUCCCACACUACAAUGGACUCCGUGCCCAAUAAAAAAAGCCCCAGCUCA